AAAAAAGAUGGCGCUCGCUGCGGCAAAGCAUCGGAAGUGAAAGGAAAAGCGUUGUCGUCGUGUAGAAUGUAGCGCGUAUAUUCUCGGAACAGGAAAGAAGGGAGGUGGAAAGAAAGGAAGCUUCCUAUUCCGUAUAGUCAUAGACAUGGAUAACUUUGCUGAAGAACUGAGACAAGAAACAAGGUGGUUGUCCACAGAAGAAACAGAGGAUGAGUCUUCAGCCAAUGCCAAUGUUCCAGGAAUUUAUUUGCCUUUACUGCCAAAACAUUUCAAGUAUCCAACAAAUAUGGCUGUGAAAUCUUCAGAAUUCCAAAAGGUGAAAGAGGAUUGUUUAUGCUGUAUCCAAGAUGCUCUCUUACAAAGUCAGUGGCAGAGGGCUGCAGAAUUAAUGAUAAGCUACUUGGAAAUGCUGGAAAAUACAAAUUCAGAAAAAAGAGUGACAUCUCAAGAGGAGAUCUGGAGAGUAGGAACUGAAAUCUUGCAACAGCAUCCACAGAGUAAUAUAGAAGAGGUCAACUAUUUUGCAGAUCGGAUGAAAAAUUUAGGAGUCAAAAGAUAUUUAAAGAUUUCUUUAGAGCAUGCCUUCCACCUUUUGCGCAGUGGAUUUCUGGAUGAAGCCUAUCAGAACUUGAUCUUGACUGAAAGUUGGCGAUAUGGAGAAGAAACUGUUGCUCAGGAAAAAGAGCUGAAGCUCGUUCAAGCUUAUAAGGGGUUGAUACACUAUUAUAGGUGGUUAAAAAAGAAGACGGACCUUUUGGAGCUGGAUGAAGACAGCUGUACCCAAACUUCUGUUCAACAGGAAAUGCAUAGCUUGUACGAACAAGCUAAAGUCAGCCUCAGGGAAAUAAUCAGAAUUCCUGGAGUUUGGGAUCCUUUCGUGAUUUGUUAUGUGGAUUUGCUGGAACAUUAUGAGGAGUAUGAAGAAGCACGGGAAGUGUUAAAUGACUAUGCGUAUAAUUCCAAUUUUCCUUCCAACCCUAAUGCUCAUGUCUACUACUACCAGUUCCUAAAGAGAAGGGGGGAAUCAAGGCAAACACGGAUCUCUGUACUGCAGAUUCUGCAUGAGCUUGUUCCUUCCCAUGAACUAAUGCUGGAAUUUUACAACUUGCUUAAAAAAUCGAAAAAAAGAAAAAAACAUAAAUUACAGCUGAAAGUUAUUUUUGCAACCUUGGAUUUUGCUGCAUGGAAGGAAAAUGUAAAAGCUUGGAGUUAUUUGGCAAAACAGAUAGUAGAAAUUCUGCAAAACUCCGAUAAGCAAUUUUACUGGCUCAAAAAGGAGUGGGAUAUUCGAAAGGACUGGUGGCCAGCUUUUCAUUUCAGUCUUUAUUUGGCAAAAAGUAACUGGCAGGAAAACAAAAAACUCACUUGUGAAAAAGUUCUGAUAGCUGGCAUACUGCUGGGAAAAGACUGCAAGUACUUUAAGUAUGUCACAAAAGAAGGUUGUAAAGUUCAGAAGAAAAAGUUCCUACAGUUGAAGAAAUUUGUGAAAGAACACAGCUGGGUCAGUUUAAGAUUGGCUGAUACGUGAUUACUUAGUAUCAAACAUCAUGCUUUUUCAAGGGCGUUAGGUGAUUUUGAUGUUCAUCCUGACAAUUAUUGUAAAAUUCAGGUAAUCCUCGAGAUCCCAUUUUGAAAUGAUGCCUGCUGCAGCACCCCUUACAACUGGCCACAGGGACGUGGCAGCAUCUCUCACCUCUUCCUCCACUCCCCAUGGUCUGACCCACUGGGACUCCACAGUGCUUGGCCUACUCUCCAUGCUUCCUAAAUCCCCUGCCAUUUUCCAUGCACUGAUAAUUCCUUGCAGACAUGGCGGCUGCUUUCAGAGCAUUCUGCCCUGAUCAGCCGACCAUUGGGAGACCCUCAAAGCUCUCUUGGCUCUUGCUAGGCUUUGGCUAAGCCAGCUGCCUGCAUGCAAAAAUGGAAGCUUCAGGAUUAUCUUCCCAAAACCUUUCCCUUGUUUAAUUCCCUCCCUCCUCCAGAAACGCACAUUUCUUCAAUAAAAAAACAGAAAAAAAAGGCAGGGAGGACAGACUUGUUGAUCUUUCUUCUCCCUCCCAUUAGGUGCUGAAACUAAACUCUCUGCCUCUGCAUUUCAAUCUUGAUCUUUUAACCACUUCAUUUGCUAAAUUUACUGCUACCUUACCUUGAUGAGUGACUGCCGGGCUGAAGAGUAGAGAGAAGGAAGGAAGGAAGGAAGGAAGCAAACAAAGAAAAUCUGGAGCUCAGCUCAAAAAGUUCAUUCGGGCAUCUAGAGCACAAUAUGUGCAGCGAAUGGCCAGCCACAGCAGAAGCUGGGUCCUUGGAAAGCUUUUUGCUGCAUGUCUGGCUCCCUUUCCAGGAGUCCUAGCUGGAUCCAAAAGGAAGUUGGACUAGCAGGGAAAAGCUUGGAAAGCUGUUGCUGUUUGCCUGAUUCUAGGUUCAUCACCUAAUUGCGGGGAGGCCUUUUAAUUCCCACUUUUUUCUGGUUCUUUUUUUAAAAUUGAAGAAAUGUGGGUUUCUGGGAGGGAGGGAGGGAGGGAGAUAACCAAGGGAAAGAUUUGGGGAAGAUCAUCCUGAAAGUGUCUCCUUUGUAUGCUGGUGUCUGGCUUCCCCAAGUCUAGCAAAAGCCAGGAGAGGUUUGCAGUCUCCUGACAGCCAGCUGUUUGGAGUAGAGGCCUAGCCCAUCAGCAGAGGCUUUAUAAUCCGCGCACAGAGGCUUGUUUGGAAGCUUCUCUGGCAUUAGAAUGUGGUGUUGGGCCCUAAUCUAGGUGGGCUUUUCCCUCCUGCUGAGCUGUUUUUCCACUUUGCAAAGCUUUUUGCUGCUGGUGUGCCUCCUUUAUGGACACGGCUGGGUGAUAGGCCUCCCCCCCCCAACUCCCCUCAAUGCUCCACUUAACAACAGAUACAAUUGUUUAAUG